UGAUAGCAACAGGCUGCGACUACCGCGUGACAUGCACCCCUUUCUACUUCGACAGAUAUUACUUCCUGGUCGUAUUGACUCGGGGCUCACCAUACGCAAUAGACAAAACACGGGCUGUGUACUCGCGGGCAGAUGACCACGGAGUACGCUGAUCACUGUGUCGGAUUAACGAGACUGAUUAAUGAGUGACUUCGGUAAUUCGUUGCAAAUUAGGUGUGUCGGAGUCUGAGUGCGAGACUGUCGGAAUAACGGGUCAAGAUGGCACUGAUCCACUCGGUUCCCGACAGUCGUGGCGGAUAAACCCGAUUGUCGGAUUGACGAGUGUCGGAUUAACGAGACUUGACUAACUGACGACAACUGUAAAGUCAGGGUGCAGUGGCUGGCUGAACAAUUGGGAGUGUGUGUCAAAGAGAGUAGAACUAGCCACUGACAGAAGACAACGUAGAACAAUGGACUCUUCAGGUGACACAAAUAAGGAAGAGAGACCUGAACCCCUGACACGAUCCACGACUGAAGGGAGAUAUAAUGAGGAUGAUCCUGCGGAUGAGCACCCGCAUCAAGGAGUGAUCCGGCCUCCAUGUCCUGGUACUGGAGAAACAGGUGCUCAACUGCAGGGAACACAGCCGUCAACAUUGAGACGAGUUAUACAAUUUGUGCUACCAGCUGUCCUCUGUGGAGCUCACAGUGUCCUUACAGAUGCCUUGCCACCUUUUAUACCACAUGUCAAUGUCACAGAAAACUGUAUCUCUAAUGACCAGCACCGUAGGCCUGAUGAAAGUCAUAAAGUGGACAGAACAACAGAUACCCUGACUGGUGAAAGUGAUGCCAUGGACAGAACAUCAGACAACCUGACUGUUGAAAGUGAUACCAUGGACAGAACAACAGACAGCCUUACUGGUGAAAGUGAUACCAUGGACAGAACAACGGAUACCCUGACUGGUGAAAGUGAUACCAUGGACAGAACAACAGAUACCCUGACUGGUGAAAGUGAUGCCAUGGACAGAACAACAGACAACCUGACUGUUGAAAGUGAUACCAUGGACAGAACAACAGACAGCCUGACUGGUGAAAGUGAUACCAUGGACAUAACAACAGAUACCCUGACUGGUGAAAGUGAUACCAUGGACAGAACAACAGAUACCCUGACUGGGGAAAGUGAUAACCUGGACACAACAACAGACAACCUGACUGGUGAAAGUGAUACCAUGGACAGAACAACAGAGAACCUGACUGGUGAAAGUGAUACCAUGGACAGAACAACAGAUAACUUGACUGGUGAAAGUGAUACCAUUGACAGAACAACAGACAACCUGACUGGUGAAAGUGAUACCAUGGACAGAACAACAGACAACCUGACUGGUGAAAGUGAUAACCUGGAGAGAAUAUCAAACAACCUGACUGGUGAAAGUGAUACCAUUGACAGAACAACAGACAACCUGCAUGGUGAAAGUGAUACCAUGGACAGAACAUCAGACAACCUGACUGGUGAAAGUGAUAACCUGGACAGAACAUCAGAUAACCUGACUGGUGAAAGUGAUACCAUGGACAGAACAUCAGAUAACCUGACUGGUGAAAGUGAUACCAUGGACAGAACAUCAGACAACCUGACUGGUGAAAGUGAUACCAUGGACAGAACAACAGAUACCCUGACUGGUGAAAGUGAUACCAUAGACAGAACAACAGACAACCUGACUGGUGAAAGUGAUACCAUGGACAGAACAACAGAUAACCUGACUGGUGAAAGUUAUAACCUGGACACAACAACAGACAGCCUGACUGGUGAAAGUGAUACCAUGGACAGAACAUCAGACAGCCUGACUGGUGAAAGUGAUACCAUGGACAGAACAACAGACAACCUGCAUUGUGAAAGUGAUACCAUGGACAGAACAACAGACAACCUGACUGGUGAAAGUGAUACCAUAGGCAGAACAACAGACAGCCUGACUGGUGAAAGUGAUACCAUGGACAGAACAUCAGAUAACCUGCAUGGUGAAAGUGAUACCAUGGACAGAAUAUCAGACAACCUGACUGGUGAAAGUGAUAACCUGGACAGGUCAACAGACAGCCUGACUGGUGAAAGUGAUACCAUAGACAGAACAACAGACAACCUGACUGGUGAAAGUGAUACCAUGGACAGAACAACAGACAACCUGACUGGUGAAAGUGAUACCAUAGACAGAACAACAGACAGCCUGACUGGUGAAAGUGAUACCAUGGACAGAACAACAGACAACCUGACUGGUGAAAGUGAUACCAUGGACAGAAUAUCAGACAACCUGACUAGUGAAAGUGAUACUAUGGACAGAAUAUCAGACAACCUGACUGGUGAAAGUGAUAACCUGGACAGGUCAACAGACAGCCUGACUUGCGGAACUGAUACCAUGGACAGAACAACAGACAACCUGACUGGUGAAAGUGAUACCAUGGACAGAAUAUCAGACAACCUAACUGGUGAAAGUGAUAACCUGGACAGGUCAACAGACAGCCUGACUGGUGGAACUGAUAACUUGAACAGAGGAAUGGUUAAAUUAGCCGAGAUCGAGAGAAGAGAUCACACUGUCCGUAGUGCAAAUCUGUCUUCUGACGAUCAAGCCUCUUCCCGCCAAGCAGUCAUUGAAAUUGGAGAAAAUAGUUAUAGAGACACUGGGUCUUCUGCUUUAAAGGUCAUACAACCAAAUCAACAGCCCAGAGAACGAUGUCUCACUAAUACCAAUCUUCCAAUAUCAAACACGUUAGCAAACUCACAGGUGCCGUCUCUCCAUGCUUCAAGGAAACAUGUUCCAGGUUUUCAGACAUCACCUAUCACUGAAACAAAGGAGGGAGCUUCACUGACGACUGAAGGCCUUUCAUUCAUAAAAGCUCCAUCAUCUAGCCAAACAACACCAGAGAAAAAACCGAGGCGUCAGCCUGUGCCAUCAGAAAAUCAGGAAGCAAUAGGUCAACGUUUUAAGAACAUCUGUGAAACAACACAGGCAAUGAUAGGACAGCAUGACACAGUGUAUGUAUCAACGUAUGGCGAGAGGAUGGCCUUAAAACAUCUACAGCAGCGUGGUGCCAUAUUUAUGAAAGGACGACCUGGCUCUGGGAAAUCUAGAUUAGGGUUAAAACUUCUUGCUGACGUCUCAAGGCUAACAGACAGGAAACCCGUAGUGUUGACAUCGGCAGAACAGUGGAGAGAUAUCCCUCAGAAACAAAAUGAUGAAGAAUCUGGAAAACCAGCGAAUAGGUAUGUUGUCAUGAUAGAUGACAUUUUCGGAUCAACGAAUUUUGUUGAGUCUCGCUUUGAUGAAUGGACUGGAGUGUUUGAUGUCAUGCAUCCUUCUGUUGAAUCUGGCCAUGUAAUGCUGGUGCUUGCAUCUCGGCCAGACAUUAGUCACCAAUGUCAGGCCCGACUGAACAAAUACAAACUCACUCGUCAUAUGUUCUAUCUUACCUUAGAUGAAGAUGAGUUGACACUCCGACCUAGGGAAAAGAUGAUGUUGCUGAAAAGCAUUUGUGAAACAAAAGUGAAGUUUACUAAACAUGAGAUAAAUGAAAUAGUACAGUUAAAGACAACACUUGGAUUCCCUCAAUGUUGUCGAUAUUUCGCAGGAAGUAAGGAAGCCCAGGCUCAAAGGGUCAGAUUCUUCCAAAAACCAAACGAAUAUGUGCUGGAGGAAGUACGCUGCUUGCAAGAAAGUGAUGGGCUUGGCUAUCUUGUUCUAUUGAUUGUGUUGUUUGGCAAAGGAUAUCUUGAUACCAAGAAUCUUCAACCUCACAAAAGUCCACAAGAGUUUAAAAAAAUGUUAGAUGACUUGACAAAGUUAUGCUCAAAGAUUCCUAACAAUCGAAGUCUGUAUGAGAUCAAACAGAAGGCUGAUUCACUUUGUGGUUCAUACCUUUGGCACACUGAAAAGGGAUAUGUUUUCCAGCACCAGUCAAUAUUCGACGCAGUUUUCAUAAACAUAUCACAAGUGUAUCCUGACAUUUACAUUCAUUUGUGUCCCGCUAACAUACUUGUAGAAUUUGUCAGAACAUCAGAAAGGGAGAGUGAGAAUAGAAGAAAACCUAGUGUUCUUGAAUGAGGACCAUUAUGAAGCAUUUGCCGAUCGAAUAAUUCAAUUGAUGGUCAGUGAAGAAGUGGUCACCAUUUUGAAACACCCAUCUCUUCGAAAUGAAACAUUUGUAAAUCACGUAGUAGAUAGAUGGUUUUCACAACAAAAUGUUGGGGAUAUAGUUUCUCAUAAAUUUGAAAAGUCAAGGGA